CCGCGUGCCGCAGCCCGCGUCGUUUGCCGCCACCGCGCGCCUUCACUGACCUAUACCGCCGCCGCUGCCGCCGCCGCCGGGCCCGCUGGCUGGCCCGGUGCGGGCGGCGGACUCCCGCCGGAGAGGACUGCCAGCGCCAGCGCCGCCGCCGCCGCCGCCGCCGCUUCGGCCCGGGCCCGGGCCCGGGCCCCUACCCCGUCCCGGGCCCCAGCGCCGGCCGCCCGCCCGGUCGGGCGAUGAAGUGUCACUAUGAGGCGCUGGGGGUGCGGCGCGACGCCAGCGAGGAGGAGCUCAAGAAGGCCUAUCGGAAGCUGGCCCUGAAAUGGCACCCGGAUAAAAAUCUGGAUAAUGCCGCAGAAGCAGCUGAACAAUUUAAAUUAAUCCAAGCAGCGUAUGAUGUGUUGAGUGACCCUCAGGAAAGAGCAUGGUAUGAUAAUCAUAGAGAGGCCCUACUUAAAGGUGGGCUUGAUGGCGAAUAUCAAGAUGACAGCUUAGAUUUGCUACACUAUUUCACUGUUACCUGUUAUUCUGGUUAUGGAGAUGAUGAAAAGGGAUUUUACACAGUGUAUCGUAAUGUUUUUGAAAUGAUUGCCAAGGAAGAACUAGAAUCUGUGUUAGAGGAAGAGGUUGAUGAUUUCCCAACUUUUGGAGACUCCCAGAGUGACUAUGAUACGGUAGUCCAUCCUUUCUACGCUUAUUGGCAGAGUUUCUGCACUCAAAAGAAUUUUGCAUGGAAGGAAGAAUAUGAUACACGACAAGCUUCAAACCGCUGGGAAAAACGAGCCAUGGAAAAAGAAAACAAAAAGAUUCGGGACAAAGCAAGGAAAGAGAAGAAUGAGCUUGUCCGUCAGCUGGUAGCUUUCAUUCGUAAAAGAGAUAAAAGAGUGCAGGCGCAUCGAAAACUUGUGGAAGAACAGAAUGCAGAGAAGGCGAGGAAAGCCGAAGAGAUGAGGCGGCAGCAGAAGCUAAAGCAGGCCAAACUGGCGGAGCAGUACAGAGAACAGAGCUGGAUGACUAUGGCCAAUCUGGAGAAGGAGCUCCAGGAGAUGGAGGCACGGUACGAGAAGGAGUUUGGAGAUGGAUCAGAUGAAAACGAAAUGGAAGAACAUGAACUCAAAGAUGGGGAGGAUGGUAAAGACAGUGAUGAGGCCGAGGACACUGAGCUCUAUGAUGACCUCUACUGCCCAGCAUGUGACAAAUCGUUCAAGACAGAAAAGGCCAUGAAGAAUCACGAGAAGUCAAAGAAGCAUCGGGAAAUGGUGGCCUUGCUAAAACAACAGCUGGAGGAGGAGGAAGAAAAUUUUUCAAGACCUCAAAUUGUUGAAAAUCCAUUAGAUGACAAUUCUGAGGAAGAAAUGGAAGAUGCACCAAAACAAAAGCUUUCUAAAAAACAGAAGAAAAAGAAACAGAAACCAGCACAGAAUUAUGAUGACAAUUUCAAUGUAAAUGGAACUGGAGAAGGAGUAAAGGUUGAUCCAGAAGAUACUAACUUAAAUCAAGGCAGUGCCAAAGAAUUGGAAGAUAGUCCCCAGGAAAAUGUCAGUGUCAAACAGAUCAUUAAACCAUGUGAUGAUCCAAAAAGUGAAGCUGAAAGUGUUGCUAAACCCAAAGGAAAGAAAACCAAAGAUAUGAAAAAACCUGUCAAAGUACCUGCUGAACCACAAACAAUGAGUGAUGUUCUUAUCAGCUGUACAACCUGCCAUAGUGAAUUUCCAUCUCGGAAUAAACUUUUUGACCAUCUAAAGGCCACAGGUCAUGCAAGAGCACCUUCAUCAUCGUCUUUAAACAGUGCAACAAGUAGUCGGAGCAAGAAAGAGAAACGUAAAAACAGAUAGAGAUUCUGCUGUGCUUUUGUUUGACUGUCUCUAGAUUUUGAAACCAAAAAACUGAACUGAAAUCAUCUAAAGAGUUAAAAUUUCGGUGAUCUGCAAUUAAUUACAUUGUGGAAGAUUAUUUUUUAUCUUGUAAAAACAUUUUUUUGGUUUAAUAUAUAUUUUUAAAACAUUUCACUAGUGAUUGAAUUCUACUUUUGCCAUCUGAAUUGACUUGAAUGUCUUAAAACAGGUAAAUACUGUAAAGUGUGUAUUCUUGAUGUUCGUUAGCUCAUGUGGACAGAAAUGUACAGGGAGAAUUACAUUAUUUUAACACAUAGAAGUGCUCCUUUCUGCUUUAUUUUCUGAAUUUCACAUUACUUUUACUUUUGUAUUUUGUUAAUACUUCAUAAUAUGUGAAAAACUCGGAUCUUUUAAAAAGCAUCAUAGAUCAUUUUUCCAUUGACACUGGUUCCGAUUUUAAAAAUUAUUUUUAAAUAAC